ACCAUAAGAGCGCACACAUGGUAAGAGCAACAUAGUUGAGAGUUGAGAGAGAAGGAUAAACAAUAAUGGCGACUCCCACUUCCUCCUCCUCCUUCCUUGGGUUUAUCCUCUUUAGCUUUCUUGUAUUUCUUUGCUCUCUGAAUCAGCUGGGAUUUGCCCUUGAAGGAAGAGAGACUUUAGAAAACAACCAUCUUACUCAUAUGCAUACCCUUCAAGUCAGCUCUCUACUGCCAUCACCUACUUGCAGCUCUUCUACCAAAGGUUCUGAUAAAAGGGCAUCCUUGACAGUAGCACACAAACAUGGCCCAUGCUCCACACUUAAACUAGACAAAGCUAAAGCUCCCACUGUAGAUGAAAUCCUCCAACAAGACCAAUCUAGGGUCAACUCAAUCCACUCUAGGCUCUCCAAGAAGUUGAGCCGUGAUGAUUUAAGAGCAUCAAAGGACUCCACCAUCCCAGCCAAGUCCGGUAGCACUAUUGGUUCAGGCAACUACAUUGUGACCGUGGGACUUGGCACUCCAAAAAAGGAUUUGUCACUCAUAUUUGAUACAGGUAGCGACCUCACUUGGACUCAAUGCAAACCUUGCGCACGAUCUUGCUACCAACAAAAGGAACCAACCUUUGACCCAUCUCAAUCUGCAACUUAUUCAAAUAUUUCGUGUAGUUCAUCUGUGUGCUCUCAACUCACUUCUGCCACAGGAAAUACACCUGGCUGCAGUACCUCAACGUGCAUAUAUGGUAUACAAUAUGGCGACCAAUCGUUUUCUGUGGGAUUUUUCAGCAAAGACAAGCUAACCCUAACAUCAACAGACGUGUUCAACAACUUCCUAUUCGGCUGUGGCCAAAACAACCAAGGCCUUUUCGGCGGUGCAGCCGGAUUACUAGGCCUAGGUCGUGACGCACUUUCCUUAGUCCAACAAACGGCAUCAAAAUACGGCCGUGUCUUCUCUUAUUGCCUCCCUUCAACUUCUAGCUCUACUGGACACCUCACAUUUGGAAAAAGUGCUGGAACUUCAAGUGCUAUCAAAUUCACUCCCUUGUCAAAAUCUGGACAAGGUACUUCAUUUUACGGCCUUGACAUAGUUGGAAUCAGUCUCGGGGGACGCAAGUUAUCGAUUUCAACAUCGACUUUUUCAAAUGCGGGUACCAUUAUCGACUCAGGGACUGUAAUAACUCGCUUGCCGCCUGCAGCGUAUAGUGCCUUGAAGGCGGCGUUUAGGCAAGCAAUGAAGAAGUAUCCAUCAACGGGGGCACUUUCGAUACUUGAUACAUGUUAUGAUCUUAGCAAAUACACUACAUUUUCGAUUCCAAAAAUAAGCUUUUCAUUCAGUGGUGGUGUUAACGUGGAUUUGGAUGCGGCGGGGAUACUUUACGCUCAAAAAACUUCGCAGGUUUGUUUAGCUUUUGCUGGAAACAGUGAUGAUAGUUCUGUUGGGAUUUUCGGGAAUGUGCAGCAGAAAAGGCUGGAUGUGGUGUAUGAUGUUGCCGGAGCGAGGGUUGGGUUUGGUCCUGCUGGUUGUGCCUGAAAUGGUUCAUUUGGUGAAAUAGUCAUGUAAUAAACAAUUGAUAAAACCAAUGGAAAUGUUUAUUGCCAUAGCAAAUGUAGAUUGGCAAAGAUCUGGUGUCCUAGGCAUGAUUAUAGUUAUAAAUAAAAUCAUGGUUGCAAUUCAUGAACGUAUAAAAAGGUUUACUUUGUUA